AUGAGCAGGCCGCUUAGUGAGAGGCGGAGCAGCAGGACGGGGGAGAAGAUGGAGGCAGCGGCUGCAGAGCGGGGUCCGGCAGCUUCUGGCGGCGGCGUUGCCCCACUGGGGCCGCGGGCUGUGGUGGUGCCGGAGCGGCUGCAGCGGCGGGAGGCGGAGCGGCAGCGGGAAGCGGAGCGGCGGCGGCAGGAGAAGGCGGCCCAGGCGGUGCAGGAGGAGCAGAGCGGGUUCUUCGUGGCCGCCUUCUCCCGGGAGCGGGCGGCCAUCGAGGCGCUGCUGGGGCCCGGCCCGGGCCAGGCGGCGGAGGAGGAGGAGGAUGCGGCGGGCCGGCCCGAGUCGCUGGAGGAGGCGGCUGCCAGGCUGCAAGGGCUGCAGAAGCUCCUCACCGACAGCGUCCGCUUCCUGGCGCCGUACGAGGUGCGCCAGGCGCAGGAGGCGCUGAGCCGGCUCCAGGGGGCCCUGACGGCCAAGCGCCAGCAGCUGCAGCCCAAGAAGCGAUUCGCCUUCCGGGCCCGCAGGAAGGAGGCGGAGUCCGCCCCGCCUGCCGCCCCGGCCGGCCAGCUGCCCGCGGAGUCCGUCCCGCCGCGAGCCCCAGCCGGCCAGCUGCCCGCGGAGGGCGAAGGGAGCGGCCCCCCGCUGUGCGGCUUCAGCCAGGCCGAGGCCCAGACACUGGAGCUCGGCCCCUCGGAGCUGCUGCAGCGCGAUGUGCUCCUGGCCGACCUGAGCGACUGCCGCGUGCUGCUCCGCGGCAACCCCAACACGCUCCGGGUACGGGACUGCCGGGGCUGCACCGUGCUCUGUGGGCCCGUCUCCACCUCGGUGCUGGUGGACGGGUGUAGUGACUGCCUCCUGGUCCUGGCUUGCCAGCAGCUCCGCACCCACCGCACCCGGGACACCCGGAUCUAUGUGCAGGUGACCAGCCGGGCUAUCGUGGAGGACUGCCGUGGCGUCCGCUUCGCCCCCUACACCUGGAGCUACCCAGGCAUCGAGGGCGACUACGAGUCCUCCGGGCUGGACAGAGGCAGGAACAACUGGAACCUGGUGGAUGACUUUGACUGGCUGGCCCGAGAUGAGCCCUCGCCCAACUGGAGCGUGAUCCCUGAGCAGGACAGAAUCACCCAGUGGGACUGAAUGGAGGCUGCAAAGGAAACACUUGAAACUUGUGAUUGAUCAGCAGGUCCCAGCAUAGCUGCAAAUAAAACUAACUUUGAUUCAUUCUAAAACAACUUAAUCAAUAGCAGUUUGUGGGUCUUUAAAUGCUGAAUUAUAAUGUGGGAUUAAACUACUUGUUCUAAACUGCUAUAAAUUGAUGUGCAAUGCUAGAGGCUGGUAACCACUGCAGUAUCCUGGUGACAACUCUUUAGGGCUUCUGUGAUUUGUACACUGUUUCCCUGCUCACUGGCAAUGAGCCUCUAAAUAAAGGUAUGCUGCUGCCUGCUUGUUGUUCAACUAGAUAAAAUCUGAAUUGUCUUGUGGUAAUGUACAUUUCAGUGGACCAGGAAAUCUAAUGCUCAGACUCCUGAGUUCUAUAGCAUAUUAUAAUCUACAACCCUGUCUUCACUAGUGUGUGUUCUUCAUGGUAGGUAAUGUGGUAAAAGUUUUUUAGAAAGGUGGAAUUUUUCCGUUGACCUAGUGCUGUCUACACUGGGGUUUAGGUUGAUUUAAAUUCACACUCCUGAGAGAUGUAGAUUCACACCCCUAAGCUAUGUAGUUAAAUCAGCCUAAAUUUUCAGCAUAUACCAGGCCUAGGAUUUACUUUGGUCUGCUAACAUGGGUGAAAACUACAAAUUGCCUUGUCCUCCCUAGGCUUUUACAAUAUGUUGGCCACCAACGUAAGAACCUCCCUCUUUUCCUGGUGGGAGGCUAUAUUUAGUUGCCUAAAGGGGUUGAAUUGAUGUGAAAUGUUUGGGGAGGAGAUUGGUUUAGAGAGCUUCCUCUCCUCUUCCCCCCCCCCCUCCCCCCAACAAAGAAUUUUAACUACACACUCUUAAUCUAUUGUCUGUACUGAUAGCCUAUGCAACUUGCCUAUACAAAAGAGAAGGUAUUUACCAAAGUCUAUUUUGGUGAAGAUGUGGCAGUAGCCCUUCAGAAAGCACUCCACAUGGUGUAGCAUUAUGUACUUACAUUAGAAAACAACAUGGAAUAGUCUGUAAGCCUUUGUCCUUUAGUUUAGUUUUUUAAAAAAACUAUACAGGAACUUCCCUUGAAAGUGCUCAUUGUGUUUACAAGUAGGACAGAUGGUAUAAGGAUGUGGAAAUUUGAAACAACUGCCUUGUUCAAAAGUCAUUCCAUUGUAAAAUCUCUAAUCUAAAAUAUUAGUGUAGAUAAAUAUAAACACUGCCUUGCCUACUGGGGAAAAAAACCCUAUGCUCUCUGGGCUGAAGUGCAAUGUUUUAAAACAUCAAACACAUUCAUAAUCACUGUAAAGCAGUAUCUAGUUGAAGGUACUCUUGACUGUUUUUCAAGAACAAAUAUAGUCUCACCAAUUCACUGUUUCCUUUCCAGAAUAAAGUUGUUACCCCCAAACCCAAAUUGUAAAUGAAAGAGGGUAUUUUCACAACUUUGCAGUUUUGUUUACUUGUACUAACUUACAUCUUCUGGCUUACAGUUUCAAGUAUAAUACCAUGAAUGUUCUUUAGCAACUGUAUUUAACUCAGUCCUUAUUUUGUCUAAUUUUCUGCUGAUGUGGAAACUUUUGGCAGUCUAAUAAAUAUGUUCAAAGAAAAUA